AUGGAGAAGACCGCGGGCGCAGAGCACCGCAUUGAGGCGACAACCUCCGCUACUGAGAACGAUGAUCCAAAGAACUUGAUUAACCGUCAUGGGAAACAAGUCAACGUCCAGUCGGUGGCGCUUGCCGACGCCAUCGCCAAGGAUAACCCCGACUACAGAUCGUCAACUCAGUUGACGCUGUACGCCAUGAUGGCCCUUUGUGUUCUGAACGGUAUCAUGAAUGGUUAUGACGGAUCAGUCAUGAGUGCCAUCAAUGCUAUGGACCCAUUCCAAGCCCGCUUCAAGAUCGGCAAGGCAGGCGAAUUAAACGGCGCCGUCUUCUCCAUUUACACCGUCGGAAACAUUACAGGAAGCUUGUUGUGUGGUUACGUUAUGGACAGGUGGGGGCGUCGUGCUUGCAUGUUCUCUGGAGCCAACGCAAUCAUUCUCGGUUCCAUCCUCCAGGCAAGCAGCUUUGCCCUCCCCCAAUUCAUGGUCGGUCGUUUCAUCGUCGGCAUCGGAACCCCCAUGUGCGCAACCUCGGCACCUGUGUUCCUUGUGGAGAUCGCCUACCCAACAUGGCGAGGUUUGGCUGGUGGACUGUACAAUGUUCUGGGUUGGACCAUUGGCGCAAACAUCGCUGCCUGGACUUGCUACGGCACGAACUUCAUCGCCAGUGAUUGGUCUUGGCGUAUCCCCUACAUUGUGCAGCUUACACCUGCUACCAUCGUCGUAUCGGUAGCUUGGUUCCUCCCCGAGAGUCCUCGCUGGCUAUGGUCGCAGGGCCAUACUGAGAGGGCGACUGGAAUUCUGACCAAGUACCAUGGCAACAAGAACCCCAACUCAGCUCUUGUUCAACUUGAGAUCAAUGAGAUUCGGGAGUCUUUGGAGGCCGAGCAAGAGCUCAACAACCACAAUCUGAACUACAAAAUUCUCAUCAACAACCGGCCCAAUAGGUACCGCAUGUGGCUUGUAAUGCUCGUGGCGGUGUUUGCUCAAUUCAUCGGAGGAAGCGUUAUUUCUUACUAUCUCCCAGUCAUGAUUGAGGGCAUCGGAAUCAAGGACUCUCGCCGCCAACUGCUCUUGAACGGCAUCAACACCAUCAUUUCUUUCGUCUCCGGCUUCUUCGGCUCUUUCUUUGUCGACAGAGUCGGUCGUCGCCCUCUUUUCCUGUGGGGUACCUUUCUCACCGGUUUGGUCUACAUCCCCAUCAACGUCCUGGCGGCAAAAGCCGAGCAAGGUAAGGAUGGUACUAUCCCGACGUCCCAGGCUUAUGCAUUCAUCGCCAUGAUUUUCACGUACAGCAUCUUCUGGUCCUUCUGCUGGACUCCACUGCAAGCCCUGUAUCCUGCUGAGAUUCUCCACAACGAGAUCCGCGCCAAAGGCAUGGGUGCCAAAGGUUUCAUCUCAGGCGUCGCCAGCUUUAUCAACACAUAUGGAACCUCCGUGUCACUCAAGCAUAUCGGCUGGAAGACGUACACUAUCUUCCUUGUCCUGCAUUUUGUUCAUCUAGGCCUCAUGUAUAUGUCUUGUGUCGAGACCAAAGAGCGUACCUUGGAGGAGCUUGAAGAAAUUUUCAACGAUCCCAAGCCGGUGAAGAAGAGUUUGCAAAGGACGCGGGUCAUCAUCGACGAGGGCUUGGGCGUAAAGGUCAAGGACGAUGCUUGA